AUGUCCUCUCAAGCCGCCCAACAAGGAACAAGUGAUGCGAUCAUGGAUGAGGAGGUUCAGGAAAAGCAGCUUUUGGCCGAGGAAGAAGAUGGAAUGGAGCAGCUUGUAGCCGCGGAUGGACUUGAAGCCGCGCAGCUUGUACCUGAGGAGAUCAAAGCCAUUCGAACUGGCCCAGUGACCCGUUCACGAACUAAGGCACUAAACCAAGUGAUUGGCAAAGUCCUUAGAUGUACCAUGGCGACGGACAAGGAAGAAGGAUCCAGCGGUGUUGGAGAGGCCUUGCUUGAUCAGAUCAAGAAGAUGAUGGCGACGAGUUUGAUCGGAGAGACAGAUCAAACAAGGCAAGAGGAAGGAGACUAG